CCGUGUGUUUUUUCCUCGUCGUGUAUACAAGUGACGUAUAACAUAGAUAAGCUCGUUGACGAAUCUCCGAAUCUCCGAAUAUUCAGUUCUCGCGGAUCCUGCGUUUUUCACCUUUUCAAUUUUCACUUUUUUCGGCCAAUGCUGACCAGCACUCGUGAUAAAUAAUUUCAAUGUCCAUUUCCACGAGUGAAAAGAAAAGAAAGCCUGAUACGAGGUAAAAUGAUGCAUUUGAUCUUUUAUCCGAUCGAGAGAUCGGUUGGUGGCUGUUUGGAGGAUCGAUGAGAAACGCCUACUCUGCGUCAAAUACGUCGAGCCACGUGAUUCGGUGCAGCCGCGUAUAUCGCGACACGCGCUUGUAUACAUACGUACAAGAGCGGAGCCAGUGGCAGUGACAGCGUCGGCUGCUGCGCCAGCUGAAACGAAAUAGGUGGGAGGGGUUAGCGCGCUAUGCGAACGUGUAUACUAGCAUAGACGGAUAUUGCAAAGGGAACGCGACGCCGACGGGGAAAGCUAGUCGAGUGUCGACCAACGAAGGAGACGCGUCGUACAAGUUUUUUCCGCGAAGCUUAUCGUCAGGUUCGGCGCGGUAAGCCAUUGUUCCCUCGACGUCGACGCCGACGCUCCGACGCUCCGACGCUCAACGAAACGCAUGACAACGUAAACACGGGACCAAGGGAAACGAUCGAGCCAGUGUACGGCUCGUCGUUUAGUCGUUAACGAAGAAAAGUCGGAAACGACAUGUGGCCGAGGUUUCGAAGCGGCGCGAACCUGCUCGCUAAAAAUACGUUCGGCGAACGAUCGAAGCGCUACCAGGAGCUUGGCGAAAAGCUUGUCGAGGAUCAGUGAUGUCCGAGUGCACAAGAUGCCAGUGAGAAGGUGCAUCCGUCGACCGGGCUUUCGGAGACGGUCAUGAUAUCACGGAACUUGGCGAAUUCGGAUCGAGACUGCGUGCGGACCAAUCUUUUCGUUACUCGCAGCUCGCGGACAAACCGUGUUCCGUCGCGUUCCAGACAUCGUCGACGGGGAAAAAUCGAAACGAGAGCCGUUUACCUCAGACCGGACUAAUUCGCCAAACAGUGAACACAAACUAUUAAAAAUCAUGAAAAAGUAAUAAUGGUGAGAACGGUGCGUGCAGACUGCGUACUUUCAGCACGAUAAGUUUGAUACACAGAGGUGAGGAAAAUCCCGCACAGCUGUGUCAGAGCCGCGGAAGUGCGUAAACGAGGCGGAACGAUCGCAACUCGUGAACGGAGCAUGAACGCCGAUUAUCAGCUGUCCUGAUAUGAUGAAGCCAUCCACGAAAAUGGGGGUGCUAGCGUUGAUAGGUGUAUUCGUGGUGUUCUACCAAUAUCAUUUGUCUACCGGGGUUCGAUUCGACCAGAUGAACGACUUCAACACUGGUGGUUCCGCCGAGGACACUGCAGUUCUCUCUCAAGAGGACGUGGAGAGCUAUGUCAGGUCGACCAAAUUGACGGAAGAAAUGAUCAGGAGUGCGAUACGCAAGGUGCAAGAAACGAACGGUCUCAGUCCAGACAUCGCGACGUCGCUGAUACAAGAGCUGAUGACUCAUCUGAACAAGAACAUGUUGGAAGUUUCCGAGAAUAAUUCAAAGAUCGUACAAGCGUCGUUGUCGUUGUCGACGCCGACACCGACGCCGACAGCGACCGUUUCGAGUCAGCAUCGUUCGUCCACGUCCGACGAAACGUCGGAACCGCUGUACAUAAUCACGCCGACGUACCGCAGACCGGAACAGAUACCAGAGCUGACCAGGAUGUCGCACACGCUGAUGCUGGUCAAGAACGUUCAUUGGCUGGUUAUCGAGGACGCAACAAUCGCCACGAAACAAGUCACCAAGUUGCUACAGAGGACGGGAUUAAAGUUUCAUCACUUGACUGCCCCGAUGCCCGACAAGUACAAGCAAAAGAAGGGCGCGAAACCACGGGGAGUGUCGAAUCGCAAUCGUGGGUUGCAUUGGAUCAGAGCGAACGCAACGAAAGGUGUCUUCUACUUCGCGGAUGACGACAACACGUACGACAUCGCACUUUUCGACGAGAUUCGUAGAACAAAGAGGGUGUCGAUGUUCCCCGUCGGCUUGUGCACCAAGUUCGGUUUGAGCUCGCCCGUAAUUAAGAACGGAACGUUCGUUGGAUUCUACGACGGUUGGAUCGCUGGCAGAAAGUUCCCCGUGGACAUGGCAGGCUUCGCCGUGAGCGUAAAAUUCCUGCUUCAGAGGCCCAAUGCCACGAUGCCGUUCAAAGCUGGAUACGAGGAGGACGGUUUCCUCAAGAGCCUCGCACCGCUCGAGCCUAAGGAUAUCGAAUUUCUCGCUGACAAUUGCACCAAGGUGCUCGCGUGGCACACACAGACGAAGAAGAACGAGCCCAGCGCCCCGCUGGACUUGAAGUUGUACGGUGAAACGAACCUCGUCAAGUUGAAACAGCAAAUAGUAUGAUGUUCGAACCCGCAACGCAGCACGAGAGGGAUUUACAAGUUCGAUCUAGCUUUACGUUGCUUGGUACGAUGCUCGUGAGGGGAAUCCUUUUCCCAGUACGAUCAACAAAGUGAUUCAGUGCCUCAAGUAUUGUAAUGUACGCUCGGUGUAGGAAUGAUUUUUCUUUAUCUUUCUCUUUUCAAGGUAGCAACGGAAAGCCUUACGUUUACGAGACCAAAGCUCGAGGCUCGCAGUCUUGGAAACGACCGUGACAAUUUCCGAACGUUUUCAU